GAUAAGAAAAUCAUAUUAACUGCAUGGCCCGUGUCUCCUGAAGACCCCAAGAAGUUCUUGCUGUGCUUAGAUAUUGCAUUAGUAUAAAUACGUAAUAAACACAUUCAUUACUGCACCAUCUAACACCUAAACAUAAUUAUGUCUACCAGGGCUGGUCAAGUCAUUCGUUGCAAGGCUGCUGUGGCAUGGGAGGCUGGAAAGCCACUGGUUAUUGAAGAAGUGGAGGUGGCACCACCACAGAAAAAUGAAAUUCGAUUGAAGAUUCUAUUCACUGCUUUAUGCCACACUGAUGUUUAUUUCUGGGAAGCCAAGGGACAGACACCUUUGUUUCCUCGCAUUUUUGGUCAUGAAGCUGGAGGAGUUGUAGAGAGUGUAGGGGAGGGGGUGACUGAUCUCCAACCCGGCGAUCAUGUCCUUCCGGUGUUCACCGGAGAGUGCAAGGAGUGUCCCCAUUGUAAAUCAGAGGAAAGCAACAUGUGUGACCUCCUUAGAAUCAACACUGACAGAGGUGUUAUGAUUAAUGAUGAAAAGUCUAGGUUUUCUGUCAAUGGAAAGCCCGUAUACCAUUUUCUUGGCACCUCCACAUUCAGCGAAUACACUGUCGUCCAUGUUGGCUGUGUCGCCAAGAUCAAUUCUGCAGCUCCUUUGGAGAAAGUUUGUGUUCUUAGCUGUGGAAUAUCCACAGGUCUUGGCGCUACGAUUAAUGUUGCAAAACCAAAAAAGGGCCAAUCUAUUGCUGUUUUCGGACUGGGAGCUGUAGGUCUUGGGGCUGUUACAGGGGCAAGGAUAGCAGGGGCUUCAAGGAUUAUAGGUGUUGAUAUGAACCCCAGCAGAUUGGAAGAAGCUAGGAAGUUUGGAUGUACUGAGUUUGUGAAUCCAAAAGAUCACAAAAAACCAGUUCAACAGGUGAUUGCUGAGAUGACUAAUGGUGGAGUGGAUCGGAGUGUUGAAUGUACUGGAAGUGUCCAAGCCAUGAUCUCAGCAUUCGAAUGCGUCCACGAUGGUUGGGGUGUGGCUGUGCUGGUUGGUGUUCCAAACAAAGAUGAUGAAUUCAAAACUCAUCCCAUUAAUUUCCUUACCGAGAGGACUCUCAAGGGCACCUUCUUUGGCAAUUUCAAACCUCGUUCUGAUAUCCCAAAUGUUGUGGAAAAAUAUAUGAAAAAUGAACUGGAUUUGCAACUGGAGAAAUUUAUCACUCACUCAGUGCCAUUCUCAGAGAUCAAUAAGGCAUUUGAUUACAUGCUAAAAGGAGAAGGCCUGAGGUGAAUCAUUCGCAUGGAGGGUUAGAUAUCUACAAGAUUAAGUAUGAGUGUGUGACUAGUUGAGCUAUAUAUUGCCAGAGAAUAAGUAUGGCUUUGUAGAUUUGACUUAUAAGAGAUUGGUUUUUAAUAAUAAAAUAUUUCCUAAUUUUGCUC